AUGGCAGCAUAUAAAAAGUUAUAUUUUUUAGCUAUUUUAGCUUUAUUUUUUAAAGCAGUAUCAGCUGAUGAUUUUUCGAACAAUGAUGACGAUGAAAAUGUAUCUGAUAUUAUAAACAUACUUAAAAAUAAAAACCAUGAUUUAUAUAACAACCCUAACUAUAUUAGUGAUAUCAAAAAAAAAUUCCAACUAUUAAAAAAACAAAUCGAUCAAAUGAACAAAUAUGAAAAAGGUGUGACUUCAGGUGAAAUUGGAAAUAUACUCGAAGAAGAAUCUGAAGAAGAAUCUGAUGAAAACUCAAAUGCAGACAAAAUUGUUUUUGGUAUGAGCGAAGAUGAUUUAGACAAUUAUGAUGAUGACUUUUGGGGACAAGGAGCAAAAAAUGUUAUUCCAGUUCCAAAGGACGGCGAUGCAUCCGGUGCAGCUGUCGUAGAAGGUAACGCUGACCCUGCACCAAAACAAGAAGGUGAAGAAAAUAAAGGAGAUCAAGGAACUCAAAAAACCCAAGGAACCCAAGGAGUUGACGGAACUUCAGGAGCUUCAGGAGCUUCAGGAACCCAAGAUGCUAAAGGAUCUGAAGGACCCCAAGGACCUGAAGGAACUCCAGGAGCUAAAGGAGCUCAAGGAGAUCAAGUAAGUAGCGAAAACCCCCCAAAUGGUGAAGGCCAAGGAAAUAACGGAACCUCCCAAAAGGCUGAAGGCCAAGUAAAUAGUGAAACCUCCCAAAAUCCUGGAAGCCAAGGAAAUAGCGUAGACCCCCAAAAUCCUCAAACCAAAGUAGAUAGCGGAGCCCAAGAAGGUGCCAAAGAAGGUGACAAAGCAUCACUACCUGCUGAAGACUCCACCCCAGGAAAAACCGCCUUUUUAGGCACCAUUUUUGAUGACAUGCUUAAAGAACAAAACGGAAAUACUACAAUAAACAACAGUGAAUAUCACAGCAAAUAUAAUGAUCUCAAAACUGAAUGCGAUCUUUCUAUGAGCACUGACGAAUACGAUAUUGCAAAAAAACUCAUUUCAACCUACUUUAGUGGAACCACUGAACAUCCCAUCAAAUUAUAUGACAUACUUGUAAAAGCAAUAACUGAUGAAGAAUAUAAAAAACACUUUAAAAAUUUUAUUUAUGUUAUCUACAGUUUUGCUAAAAAAUAUAACUACUUAAGUAAAACCAGAUUAGAAGACGAAAAUAAACAAUUCAUAACAAACGUAUUAAAUAUCUUAACCACAGUUGAUCUUAAAUAA